AUGUUCCGAACUUUGAUCAGAAUGGCUGCGCAAACGGCGUCGAAAAGAAUGAAAACCGAUCCCCUUGUCAUUGGCACCCACAAUGGCCAUUUCCACGCAGAUGAGGCACUGGCAGUUUACAUGCUGCGACUUCUUCCAGACUAUGCUUCUGCCUCACUCGUGAGAACUCGAGACCCUUCUCUCUUGGAGACUUGUCAUACUGUCGUAGACGUCGGAGGCGAAUAUGACACCACAAAGAACCGCUAUGAUCAUCAUCAGCGCACCUUUGAUACUGCUUUCCCUGAACACCGGACAAAACUUUCCUCGGCCGGCCUGGUCUACAUGCACUUCGGCAAGGCCAUCAUUGCGCAACACACGAAACUCCCUAUUGACAACCCAGACGUCGAGCUCUUGUAUCGUAAGCUGUACGACGAUUUCGUUGAGGCCGUGGACGCCAACGACAACGGUAUUUCAAAAUAUGAUGAUAGCAAACUAGAACAAGCUGGCAUUGAGAAGAGAUUUAAGGAUGGUGGUAUCACUCUCGCAAGUUUGGUGAAUGAUCUAAACCAUGAUGAUCCGAUGGGUUCACCUUCAAGAAGUACCGCAGAUCAGCCCCAAGCGGAGGAGGAUUUCCGCUUCUCACUCGCCUCAAGCCUCAUGGGCAACGCUUUCCUUCGCAAACUUCACGGUGCCGCUACCGCCUGGCUCCCUGCUCGGUCUAUCGUCAAGGAGGCCUUCAAUACCCGUUCCAGCGCUCAUCCGUCAGGUCAACUCUUGGUCCUGCCUCGAGCGGGCAUACCCUGGAAAGAACACCUGUACAGCAUCGAGGACGAAGCCGGACUGUCUCCUGAACAACAAGUUCUCUUCGUCAUCUAUCCCGAAAAAGAAGAGCCCGGCUCAAAGUGGAGGAUUCAGACAGUCAGCAAGAACAUGUCUAGUUUCGAAAACCGAAAGAGUCUUCCGGAGCCAUGGCGAGGUGUGAGAGAUGCGGAACUGGAUGCUUUGCUUGGAGAAGAUGUUCAAAAUGGUGCUGUCUUCGUUCAUGCCGCUGGUUUCAUUGGCGGGCACAAGACGGAGGCCGGUGUGCGAGCCAUGGCUGCACUAGCGUUGGCGUCGUAA